CCGUGGGGCUGGGCUGAAGUGAAGGUGGCUACGAGGUAGUUUCUCUUUCUCCCUUACCUUUAAUGUUGCUUGUGUUGGAAGGCGACUGUUGAAAGCCCUCAUGCCAGGAUGGCAGAAGAUGAACCUGAUGCUAAAAGCCCAAAGACAGGGGGAAGGGCCCCCUCAGGUAGUGCCGAGGCAGGGGAACCCACCACCCUUCUUCAGAGGCUCCGAGGUACCAUUUCCAAGGCCGUGCAGAACAAAGUAGAGGGAAUCCUGCAAGAUGUACAGAAAUUCUCAGACAACGACAAGCUGUAUCUCUACCUUCAGCUCCCCUCAGGGCCCAGUACUGGGGACAAAAGCUCAGAGCCAAGCACACUCAGCAAUGAGGAGUACAUGUAUGCUUACAGGUGGAUCCGCAACCAUCUAGAAGAGCAUACGGACACCUGUCUGCCGAAACAAAGUGUUUAUGAUGCCUAUCGGAAGUACUGUGAAAGCCUUGCCUGCUGCCGCCCACUCAGCACAGCCAACUUUGGCAAAAUCAUCAGAGAGAUCUUCCCUGACAUCAAGGCGCGAAGGCUUGGUGGCCGGGGCCAGUCCAAAUAUUGCUACAGUGGCAUACGAAGGAAGACCUUGGUAUCUAUGCCACCCUUGCCCGGACUUGACCUAAAGGGCUCUGAGAGUCCAGAAAUGGGCCCAGAAGUAACCCCAGCACCUCGGGAUGAGCUGGUCGAAGCAGCCUGUGCCCUGACCUGUGACUGGGCAGAACGGAUCCUGAAACGGUCCUUCAGUUCCAUUGUCGAGGUCGCCCGCUUCCUGCUGCAGCAGCAUCUUAUCUCUGCCCGAUCUGCACAUGCCCAUGUGCUCAAGGCCAUGGGGCUUGCUGAAGAGGACGAGCAUGCCCCUCGGGAGCGGUCGUCUAAAUCCAAGAAUGGCGUAGAGAACCUGGAAGGUGGAGCCCACAAGAGACCAGAGAGACAGGCCCAGCCUCCUAAGGAGCUGGAAGCCCGGGCUGGGGCUGGCCCCCCAGCACGUGGAGAGCGGAAGAAGAGUGUAGUAGAGACCCCGGUGCCAGCACCCAGUAACCCUCACGUUAAUGCCCUAGUGGCCCGGCUGCCUCUGCUCCUCCCCCGGGCCCCUCCCUCACCUAUUCCACCAAUCCGAGUCUCUCCAUCCAUUCUGGCCCCCAAGCUUUCUUCAGGCACUCUGAAAAUGGCUACACUGCCUCUUCCCAGUAGGGGUGGUGGACCCCAAGCAGCUGUGCCCAUCUUUAACAUGAUCUUACCAACUGUUCCUGCUUUGCCUGGACCUGGACCCGGACCCGGACCUGGCCCCGGGCCUGGGCCUGGUCAAGCUCCACCUGGGGGGCUCACUCAGCCGAGGGGCACAGAGAACAGGGAAGUGAGCAUAGGUGGUGACCCGGGACCCCAUGACAAGGGUGUCAAGAGGACAGCUGAAGUACCUGUGAGUGAGGCCAGUGGGCAGGACCCACCAGCCAAAGCAACAAAGCAGGAUGUAGAGGAUACAGGAAGUGACGCCAAAAGAAAACGGGGGCGCCCUCGAAAAAAAUCAGGUGGAAGUAGGGAAAGGAACUCUACCCCUGACAAGUCAGCAGAUGCCGUGGACGCUGCCCAGCCCUCAAGGUUACCACCGGAGACGUGGGCCUCUGGAGGGGAAAGCAAUUCAGAGAGGCCAGGGCUAGGGGGAGAGGCUGAGAAGGGGGUGCUUGCCCAAGGUCAGGAGGGUGGUGCUGUUUCCCGAGGAGGAAGGGGCCCCAGUUCCCGGCAUGCCAAAGAAACAGAAGAUAAAAUUCCUCCUGUCGCCCCGAAAGUGAGUGUUAUCAGGGGCAGUAGAAGCCAAAAGGAGGCUCUUCAUUUGGUUAAGGGAGAGGUAGACACGGCGGCACAGGGUAAUAAAGACUUAAAGGGACACGUGCUUCAAAGCUCCUUACCCCUGGAGCGGAAAGACCCCAAAGCCACACCCCCGUGAUAGGUAUGUGAGGAAGAGUGUUUAUAUCCCCGCGUUAACUCUGCCGGUCUCUGCACUUGCUUCUCACCUGGCUCUUCAUUCUCUCCUGCAUAGACAGCUGAGGCACCUUGUCUUACACAGUGCCUGGUUCUAGCCUCUUGCCUUUCCAGCUCAGUACCCUUGGCUUUAGAGUCGCUAAUAAACCUGUAGUGCCCAUCUCUCCUGGAUCCCUGCACUAACCUGUGGAACUAUAGGGACAGAAUAUGACAAACAUAUAGAGGAGGAAUCUUUCCCUUUUAAAUCAUAGAAAACCUAACUCCAACCGACUUAAAAGAUUUUUUGGCUUGUGGAACUGGAAAGUCCAGAGGUAGUGCUGGCUCCAGGUAAAACUGAUUCAGUGGCUCAGUAUGUCUCUAAAUACCAGACUGUUUUUCCCCCCGCUGCUCUACCUUCUGUAGGAACAUCUGAAGCCCAGGGCUCCUUGUGGCUGCCAGCGCUCCUAGGAUUACAUGUUUCCUCAUUUAUGUCCAGCCAGAAAGAGCAGGGCAUCUCUGUGCCAGGAGUCCUAGCAAAAGCCCUAAGAUUCACUCUGGUCAGGCCAGCCUGGGUCACAUGCCUACACCUAACUUAUCACUGUGGCCAGGAGAUUGGUAAUCUGCUUAUUUAUUGUACCUGUGGGCUGCACUUUUCGAAGAGGGCAGGAUCAGCCUCUUUAGAAUCACAUAGAUCCUUAAAUGGAAACUGGGAGUGGGCAACUCCUGGAGAGGCAGCUGACACCUGGCCACUGCAAUGAAGUAUGCGUGGUUUUAGCUUGCCAGGCUAAGAGCAACUCUGCCUGCUGCCUUUUUCCCUCAUGCUCUAGGAUUUUUCCUUACUGCAGCAGGAGUCUCUUACCUCUUGUUUUAGUCUCAGAAGGAAUGAGAGGAAAGCCAUUCUCCUUUAGGGACUAUCUCUUUAGUCUCAUUUAGAUGACAAUCCCCUCCCCCCUUUUUUUAACCUACAUCUUAGAGAUGGAUAUUCUUCCUUUUCCUGUUUCUGAAUUUUAGUUUUCUCAUUCCUGCUUCCCUAUCCCCCACCCUACUGCCUCUGACCAAUAAAGUGAAAAGAUUUACUCCCUAGUUAUUAAAUUCAUUCUGUAUCCACCAGGUGUCAGUCUCUUGUCAUACACGUGUCAAGACUUAGCCAGGAUUGUGGGGUUUAGAAAGCUAUGUGUUUGGAAGGAGAUAGCUCUGCAUAUCAGGGAGCACCAGUGGAAGGAAUCCAGCCCCUCCAGGUACAUAUUAGAGAAAAGCAGUAAACCAGCCAAUAUUUAUUGAGGACCUACUUCGUCUUCUAUGUAGGGUAGCUUCUUUCAGGGAGUCUCACUUUUCUUUCAGGGAGCCUUUGUUCAUGUGUUCAUUUAUUUCCACCAUUGCAGAUUUUUAAAAAUUAUACUAUGUAAUGUUUGAUAUCUAUAAAGAAUAUAUUUAACAUUGAAUAAAUUAUGAAGCAUAAUAAUUAAAUGACUCAUCACCCAAUUUGUACAUUAAAACAUUAGAAAUGUCAUUGAAUUUCUUAUGCUCUUCCCCUAUCCUAUCUUCCUGCCUCUUCCUAGAGGUAAUCACUGUCCUUAAUUUUGUAUUUAUCAAUUACCUGAUAUAUAUAUAUAUAUAUAUAUAUUUCUGUGUAAGUUUGUUAAUUGCCUGAUAUAUAUUUCCAUAUAAGUUUAUUAAUUACCUUAUGUACAUAUGUUUCCAUAUAAGUAUAUAUCCUUUAAUAAUGUACUGUUCAGUUUUGCUUUUUAGCUUUACGAAUUUUUAUUCUCUAAGUCUCCUGCAGUUUACUUGUUUUUUUCAUUUAACAUUAUUUCUAAGACUCAUCCACGUUGCUAUAGAUACCUAUGGUUUGUUAAUUGUCAUGGGUAUAAUAUUUCAGGUGCAUAAACUGCAAUUUAUUUAUCCAUCCACCAAUCAAUGGACAUUUGGAUUGUUCCCAGUUUUUGUUUUUUUGUUUUUUGCUGUUACAGAUAAUGCUACUGGGAACAUGCUUGUACAUUUUAGUGCCUCUGUUUUCAGUAAGAUUUCUAAGAAGCUUGCUAAGGUAGCUCCUUCGGUCCAUAGACCCUAUGAGCUGGGAUUAUUCCCUCUUGUCUCAUUCUAUAAAAGAGUUUACAUCAGAUUGAAAUAGACCAUCCCUGGAGUUCCAGUCUUGGCGCAGCAGAAACAAAUCUGACUAAGAACCAUGAGGUUGCAGGUUCGAUCCCUAGCCUUGCUCAGUGGGUUAAGGAUCCGGCAUUGCUGUGAGCUGUGGUGUAUGUGGCAGACACGGCUUGGAUCCGCUGUUGCUGUGGCUGUGGCGUAGGCCAGCAGCAACAGCUCCGAUUCGACCCCUAGCCUGGGAACCUCCAUAUGCCACGGGUGCAGCCCUAAAAAGACAAAAGACAAAAGAAAACAAAAAUAAAAAAAUAAACUAUCCCUUAAAAGUGUGGUAAAACUUACCUGGUAAGCCACCGGAACCUAGCGUUUCUUUGUGGGAAAUGUUUAAUUCAGUCUCUUUAAUAGUUAUAGGCUAUUUGGGCUUUUUAUUUCUUUUUGAGUCAAUUUGGGUAAAGUGUUCUAAAAUUUUGAGCAUUUGACAUUAUGUUUUAAAAAUGAUAUUUCUUCCAUUUCCUUUUUUGCCUCUGCUCCCUGGGUAGUCGUAUCUGCCUUUUCAGUUCUACUCUUUACUUGUGCCUUGUCUUUUUCCCUCUUGACCAUCUCUACCAGAAGUUUAUUUUACUAAUAUCUCCUUAGAUGCUACUUUGAGUUUUGUUGAUUCUCUCUCUCUUAUAUACUUAUUUUCCACUUAAAAUAAUUAUGGGUCUUAUCUAUAGUUUUUCCUUCUGCUUUCUUUAGAUUUAACUUUAUGUUCUUUUAUAGCAUCUUAAUUUUAAUCUAAUUAAUUUUCAGGCUGUUUUUUGUUUUUUUUUCCUAUUGUAAGUUUUUAAGGACCCACCUCCCUGGAUUCUCCAAACUUUUCUGUUUAAAGUAUUUAAGUUGUUACUUAGUUCUAAGAAUAUUUAAAUUACCUUUAUGAGCUUUUUGAUUGACGAAUUAUUUACAAAAGUUUUAUAAAUUUCCAAAUGCCUGGAUAUUUAAAAAUUUACUCUUUUGAUACUGAUUUACAGCCUAAUCAUUGGUGCUUAGUAAAUGUGGUCUCUAUGAUACUCUUUGAAAUUUGUUGGGAUUCUUUUUUGUCUUUGUUUGUUUUUGCCACUCAUGCAGCAUGUGGAAGUUGACAGCCCAGGGAUCGAACCUGUGCCACAGCAGCAGCCCAAGCCACUGUAGUGACAACACUGGAUCCUUAACCUGCUGCACCACAAGAGAACUCUUGGAAUUGUUGUUUUAUAUUCUGUAACUUAAACCUGGAUGUCUAAACUUGUUUUGUUGUUUUCUGCUGACUCCUGCCCAUGUCAGCUUGUUUCCUUGUAUAUUUUGUAUUUUUGGAUUUGGAGUUGUUAUUUUGUUGAACUUAAUCUAAGGGAAUCCAGAGGGCCUAAAUUGGGGGUACUUUCCCCCAGAGAGGAUUUGCAUUUGCUUUUGCCAGGAAACAAAUUGUGUUCCUGAUCUGGGACUGUGUUCACCUCUUCAAGAGUCCCAGUUUAGCUCAGGAGCUCCAGGUUUUUUCCUUGUCUCUGAUCAGGCCCAAGGUUUAGCCUCUGUUCACAGUACUAAUAUUGGCCUUUGUCCCCACGGCAAGCCUGCUUCUACUACAUGUUACUCAUCCUUCAUAAGGUUGAGGUUGUAAUGUUAUGACUCAUCCUUCAUAAGCUCAAUGGUAUUUUUCCUUCCUUUAGUGAUCUCUUCUACUUUCUGAUGAGCCCAGCAAUGUGGUAAAUGUGUUUCCUGUCAUUUCUCCAGGAUCUAGUUGUAUUCUAGUGGAAGAGCCCUUCCUCUUAUCCAUGCUGCCAGAAGUAGGAGUCCAUUACUGUGGUUUUGACAUUUCGCUUCUUGUUUUUUAAGAGUGAGGCACUUGUUAGAAGCUGGUUGAUUUAGGCACUGUCUCCAAGUCAAUAAUGAUCCCAGCACAGUGUGAGUUAUGUUCGCAGUAAGCGCAAGGAGCUGUGGGAGCCCAGAGGAACAGCAUAUAGGUCAGACAGGGAUCAGAAAUGACCUCCUGGUAGAGAUGAGCAGGACAAGUCUAACUAACUCAAGGCAAGGACAGAACAACAGAAGACAUAUGGUAAAACCAGCUAACUCAUGAUACUCAUUCUGCUGCAAAAGAGCUGUAAAAUCAAAAGAGACCGAGUGACUUGGGAAGGCUUCAUAGAAAAGGUAGGCUUGAGUUAAGCCUUUAAGGUAAGUAGAGCUUACAUAGGUGAAAAAGAGGAGGGCACUCCAGGAAAAGCAGGGUUUGGGGAUUCGGGUGUGCAUAAGUCAGUACAACCCAGGAAAGAGCCCCAUCAGACAGAAGGAAUGUGUAUGAACAAUAGUGAGAAAUAAACUGGAAGAAGAACACGCAACCAUUAUAGUUAUCCAUUGAUCAAAUGAAUGAAUGAAAGGUACGAAGUUUGCAUUAGAGGCUGAAGGAACAGAAGUCAAAAGGAACCAGCCAGACAGCUGUUGCUAUUAUCCACAUGGGAGAUGAGGAACUGGAUCAGGCUGCUGACACAUGAGAGGUGAUAGGCACAUUAAAAAAAAAAACCACUGAUGAUAGAAUAGAUAGAAGCAUCCAAGGGAAUAUUGCCCUUACCAUGAGUGGGUUUGGAGAUGUGUUCACUUUGGGAGAUCUGGCCACUGGAUAAUUUUGACAUUUACAUGAAUGGUAUGGGAUUUUUAAGUCACCUAUUUUAAAAUGUCACCCUAAUUUAAAAACCUAAUAGGAAACAAGUUAUCCUUCUUCAGUUCAGACAAUCUUCAGCUUAUUAGGGCUAACCAAGGUUAGCCUAAACCUGGGUAGGGCUAAACCAUGGUUUUGAGGACUGCCUGCUUCUUCUCUGCAUGCCUUACUCUCUCCCCAGUACCCUGCUCCCCCCUUCAAUUGUUGUCUUUUUUCAUUUUAGCUCUAUCAUAAAUUAAUGAUCAUUUAUAAUUUACUAAAAUCUGAAAUAAUCUUUUGAUUAUUAAACUAAGACAAACUCUAGAUGUCUAGUCUAUGGCCUCAAAUAAAUGAAUUUAUUAUUUUUGUGGGCAACAAUCAGUUUUCUUUAAAAAAAAAAAAAAAACAAAGCAGGAGUUCCCGUCGUGGCUCAGUGGUUAACAAACCUGACUAGUAAUCAUGAGGUUGUGGGUUCGAUCCCUGGCCUUGCUCAGUGGGUUAAGGAUCCAGCGUUGCCCUGAGCUGUGGUGUAGGUGGCAGAAGCGGCUCGGAUCUGGCGUUGCUGUGGCUGUGGCAUAGGCCGGCAGCUGUAGCUCUGAUUAGACCCCUAGCCUGGGAACCUCCAUGUGCUGAGGGUGCAACCCUGAAAAGACAAAAGAUAAAACAAAAACAAAGCAAAUACCACGUUGACUCACAUGCUAAAUGGGGGAAUUGAUGUCGUUACAUAUUUGUCUAAGUGUUUGUCUCAUGGUUUAUCAGAAGGCAUAUUCCUUCUUUGACUAGGGUCAUUCUGCUAGCUCUAUCUUAUGAGGUAAAGUUAAUUGUUUUUUAUAUAUAUAUAUAUAUGUAUUAUGUAUAUAUAUGUAUACACAUAUAUAUAAUGCAGUAGUUCUUUUUUUUUGUCUUUUUUUAUAUCUUUUUGUCUUUUCAGGAACUCCCCUAUAAUGCAGUGUUUCUUAAGAAAUAUUCAUGAAGAGGCAUUUAUUUACUGCAAAGAGCAUGAAUUCGUCAGAAUUCCCGUCGUGGCUCAGUGGUUAACGAAUCCAACUAGGAACCAUGGGGUUGUGGGUUCAAUCCCUGACCUUGCUCAGUGGGCUAAGGAUCCGGCGUUACCAUGAGCUGUGGUGUAGGUUGCAGAAUCGGCUCGGAUCCCGCGUUGCUGUGGCUCUGGUGUAGGCCGGUGGCUACGGCUCUGAUUAGACCCCUAGCCUGGGAACCUCCAUGUGCUGUGGGAGCGGCCCUAAAAAAGGCAAAAAGACCGAAAAAAAAAAAAAAAAAAAAAGCAUGAAUUUGUUUCAAAUCUUACCUUUACCACUUUCCAUAUGACUUUAAUCCACUUUUUCAAACUGGAUUAAUAAAUAGAUUUCAACUCA